GGGCAUGUAUAAAGACACUUCCUGUGCUCUUCCUAAAAGGAACAUAUUUUGAAACAUUCAUGGCUUGACGAUAUAUAAAGACACAAAGCAAUUUAAAAAAAAAAUCACAUUAUACCAAGAUGAACUACGUACCGGGGACAGCGAGCCUCAUUGACGACAUCGACAAGAAACACCUGGUGCUGCUCCGUGACGGGAGAACGCUGAUCGGUUACCUCAGAAGCAUUGACCAGUUUGCCAAUUUAGUUUUUCAUCAGACAGUCGAGCGCAUCCACGUGGGGAAGAAAUUUGGAGACAUCCCCAGAGGAAUAUUCAUCGUGAGAGGAGAGAACGUGGUCCUGCUGGGAGAGAUAGACGUGGAUAAGCCCUGUGACACCGUCCUGCAACAGGUGUCCAUUGAAGAGAUUCUGGAGGAGCAGCGGUUGCAGCAGCAAGCCAAACAAGAGAUGGAGAAGGUCAAGAUGCAGGUCCUGAAGGACCGAGGCCUUUCUAUCCCCAAAGCUGAUAACUUAGAUGAAUACUAACACCUUCUUAAUUUUUCUCUUUCUUAGUGUGUAUUGGACUGAUUGGUUUAAUGUGUAGUUUGAGAGAACAUGACCGUAUAUGUACGGUAGGAUACGGUUUGAAUUUAACGUUAGUAGCACAAAAAGUGUGAUGGCUGCUCUCAGUUUUUGCAGAUUAUGAAAGCAAAAUGAAAAAGAGAUCACUCUAUUGACAAUAUAGCAACUAUUCAACAGCAGCACUUUUGUUUUCUGUCACUAUGAUAUUGUAAAUCUUUUAUUUGGCAACCUGUGAGUGUGCUAUUGACAAAAUGCUUACAGUGCUUCAUUAAAAAAAAUAGUUUUUUCAUUAUGAAA